AUUUCUAAAAAGUUUGUAAAUAUAAGUAUCUUUAUAAUACAAUUGAACAGGGUAUAGAGAGGUAGUGGAUGAGUGACUCACUUUUUGAUAUCCGUCAUCUUAAAUGGUGUGUGUUCGUCCGCGCUUGUCUCCCGUGCGUGACUGAGUGUGUGAUAUUGGGGCAUGCGCACGAAGGCACGUCGGACCUGGGUGCCAUGUUUUCGGUAUUUGUGAGAAAUGACGCGCAUGCGCCCUGGUAGGAACCACCGCACGGCCGGCGUCAGGCUCGAGACGGCAGUGAUUGCAGAUUUUCCCUGUCAGACAGACGGAAGGAAUGAGAAAGGGCGAAGGACUGGGGAGCCACUGACACACGGACAGACAGGGGCCCAGAGAGGGAGGACGAGAUGGAGGAAUGAAGGAAUCAUAUCAGGGAAUAAGAAAACGGCUGGAUUAAUAAUUCAAACCAUUACACUUUACAACCAGCGACACCGCAGAUGCCAUCUGUUUAGCAUCGGUUUGUGCAAUAAUCCCGUGUAUUGCAGCGAUUCCUUCAUUCAAGGAGAAAAAGCGGAGAGCCACCUGGCUACUAUCAUAGAGUGGAGUACAAUGACAACCUGGUGAAUGUAGGAUAAUCUAUCUAACCAACGGAAUGCAAUACAACCGGAAUAAGGAAUAAAGGACCGUUCCGGGUGAGCAUCACCAACCGGGAGUGAUGAGAAGAACCACGGGGAGACAGGACCGUGUUUCUGCUGUCGCCUGUCAAGGGUAUUCUUCCUGUGUGUUGUGGACUGAACAUUUAUUCUUCCAGCACCCUCCUCCUCCCCUCCUCCACCGGUGUCGUCUGGGGGUAGUAACAUGGAGAGCUCCAGUGGCUCCGGGAUCAGCGAAUCCACCAAACCGCCAAACCACCAGUUGGAGAAGAAACGGUUAAACCGAGCAUCGUCUCCGGCCAGGCCGUUCCUGAAGGAUGUCCACUCCUUCCGCUCCUCGCCCAAACCAACGGUUAUCGUACCAAAAUCCCCCAAACUGACCAAGCAUCAGCACUCUUCUCCUGUGCCCGUGUCAUCCAAUCAAAGCCGCAUCACCAGGCGCACCCCAACCGGAGCGAAGGAUAACAAACCGGCCGCGGUGAAAAGUCACAGCACCAAGUCCUCCACAGGCACGAGAAAGACUGUUAAGGUAAUCCAACAUGCAGCCCCGGAGCAUAAAACGACCGCCGCCAGCAAACCGACAUCGGACAGCAGUCCACACCUCGCCCUCAAAGCCAAGAAGAGUAAAAUAGCCACUCUGACCGCGUCUCACCACCGCCCACUCAGCCAUGGCUCACCAAUCCGCGUCCCAACCGGUGCUAUCCCUGUCGGCAGGGUCAGUCAGACGGACAGCAACUCCGAUCUCUCCGACUGUCCCUCUGAGCCCCUAUCCGAAGAACAACGCCUGACCGCGGCCGCCAGCAGCGACGGGGAGUCGGGGGGCUCUGGGUCCAGCGACAGGGAUCAUGUGGGAGCGGAUUAUCCUCUGCAGGCAGGAGCAUCAGCAACAGACGCGGCAGGGGCUACUGCUUGUAGUGGUGGGGUUUCAUUGCGCACCGCGGAGGGUGCGGUAGUGGCAGCAGCGGGGAAAGGCGGCAUGUCUCAGGCUCCAGGAGCAGGUGCUCACGGUCACGGUGGAGAUGGGAGUAAACAGGGGAAAUCGAUAACAAGCGCAUCAUUUAUAAAACUGGAAUGCAGCAAGGAGAUAAUCGAGGAGGAUUUGAUACGGGAAAUUGAAGACCUACGUUCUGAAAACGACUACCUCAAGGAUGAAGUGGAGGAGCUGCGUGCAGAGAUGGAGGAGGCCCGGGACAGUUACCUGGAGGAGGAGGUGUAUCAGGUGCAGGAGUUACAGAGGGAGCUGGACCGGUCCAAUAAGAAGUGCCGGAUCCUCCAGUACCGUCUCCGUAAGGCGGAGCAGAAGAGCCUCAGAGUGGCCCAGACUGGACAUGUAGAUGGAGAGCUGCUACGCAACCUGGAACAGGACAUCAAGGUGGCCAAAGAUGUGUCAGUGCGUUUGCACAACGAGCUGGAGAAUGUAGAAGACAAGAGGACCAGGGCUGAAGAUGAGAAUGAGCUGCUGAGACAGAGGAUCAUCGAGGUGGAGAUCUCUAACCAGGCUCUGCACAAUGAACUGGACAGAACCAAAGAGACUGGUACACGACGGAGAGGAAGCAGGGAAACGUUUAGGGACAAGAAGUCUAUGAACCAGGAGGACAGUGCAGAUCUCAGGUGUCAGCUGCAGUUCUCUAAGGAAGAAUCCACCCUCAUGCGUAAGAAGAUGGCCAAGCUGGGCAAGGAGAAGGACAAGCUAGAGCAGGAGAUCCAGCAGUACAAGUCAGUCUACGGGGACGUGGACAGCCCUCUACCCCUUGCAGAGCUUGCAGGUGGUGGGCCCCACAGCACCAGGGAGGCUGAGCUACGGCUCCGACUCAAACUGGUGGAGGAAGAGGCAAAUAUUCUGGGGAGGAAAAUUGUAGAGCUGGAGGUGGAGAACCGAGGCCUGCGGGCUGAGAACGAGGACAUCCGCUGCCAGUACGAGAGGGACUGUUUCGGCCGGGAGCCCUUCAGCAGCAUGCCCUCCUCCCCGUACGGCGGAGACGCUCUGGAGUCAGCCGGGGAGCUGCGGCGCCACCUACAGUUUGUAGAGGAAGAGGCAGAACUUCUCCGGCGGUCCAUCUCGGAGAUCGAGGACCACAACAAGCAGCUGAUCUCAGAACUGAACCGCUUCAAGUUCGGCCCGAGAGACGAGGAAGGCGAGGUCGGAGUGAUGAUGAUGAUGAAGUCCGGUAAUGGGAGUAACGGAAGCGGUGUGGUGAUGAUGGAGGAGCUGAAGGCAGCCAGGAUGCAGAUAAACGAGCUCAGUGGAAAGGUGAUGAAGCUACAGUAUGAGAACAGAGUUCUGAUGUCCAACGUUCAGCGCUGUGACCUGGCCCAACACCUGGGCCUCCGCACCGGCUCCCCACGGGACAGCGAUGCAGACAGCGACACCGGCCGCCGAGACUCCGCAGAGGAGGAAGAGACUGGGAGGCUCCUCCUUCUACACCCCAAGAGGGAGGGGCCUGUCGGUGGCGAGAGCGACUCGGAGGACCUCUUUGAGAAGACCACCACAACCUCAGGGUUUGGAAGUCACAAGCCCUCGGACGAGCUCAGCGGGCUCAGCGCCACCGAACUAUCUAAUCGUAGGCGAGAAGACCGCGAGACGUUCACGAAUGUCAAACGAGAAGCAGAGCGCCUUGGGAAGACCGUAGAUCGUCUCAUUAGCGACACGGAAAGUCUGAUCUAUGACGGAAAGAUUUUAAUAACAGGAGGGGACAGUUUGAGUCUGGCUCUGGAGGGCAUUAAAGAAGACACCGAUCCCAAACCAGACUCACAGGUCCUGGACACUAUCAACACCCGUAUGAAGGCCUUCCGUACAGAGCUCCAUAUCUUCAUGGAGAAGGUGGAUCACCUGGGAGAGGGCCUGAGGGAGAGGGGAAGUGACCGGGAUCGGGGAGACGACCUGUCACCCUUGCCCAACCUCACUGAGUCUAGUAGCUUCCUGUCUGGAGUCACCUCCAUGUCACGAGACUCGCCCAUCGGCACCCUGGGACGGGACCUGGUCACAGAUUUCCAGUCACGGUCCGGUGUGAGGGAUGAGCUGGAGUGGCGUCUAGGACAGGAGCGAGCCGUGGAGACCCAGAGCCAGGAGGGUCUUCCUCAGGGCCCGGCCCAGAACAGGGGAGCCAUCCUGGGACACACUAGAUACCACAGACCCCUCCUGGCUUCUUUAAGACUGGAGGAUGAGGAGCGGAGGCGGCUGGAUCCGCAGGGUGUGAGGCCCAGGGGGGGUCUGGAUCUUACUGGCCUGCAGGCCCACGAGGCUCCCUGGGUCCAGGAAAGAACCCUACUGCAGCAGGAGGUCCGGUUGUUCAGACACAACACCAUCAUCUUCUAUAUGAAGCUACGCUGGAUCCUUAUGCACUGGAGGCUGGGGAAGAGGACAGAGGCAGGGGAGGAGACCGCACACGCAGAGAUGGAGGGUAUUCCAGAGCUGAUCUUGGAGCACGGAGAGGGAGAGACGGAGAGAGAGGACAGGGACAGGUCGUUUACCCAGCUACCUCAGAUAGACUGCUCCGAGCCUGACUCCACAACCCAACUCCCCUCCACUGAACGCCUGCAGAACCAGACACAGGUGGGGGAGAACCGUAGGGUGCUCCAUGCGGUGCGCUCCCUGUUAGAGGAGUUCAGGUCAGAGUUGAGGGAGGAGGAGAACAGGAGGUGCCAGCUGCAGCAGAACUAUGCCAAUGACAAGGCUUCCUGGGAGGUCAAAUGGGCAGAGAUGAAGUGUCAGGUUGCUCAGCUGGAAGAGGAGAGACUAGAAGAGAAAGGAGAGGUGAGAGGAGAGGCCAGAGGGGAGACGCAGGGAGGAGGAGGAGGAGACCCAGACUGGGCCUUUAAACAGGAACGAGAGGAGCACCGUUGCCUCCUGGCAGAGAGCCACAGCACCUCCCUGGACCUCCACUGGAAGCUGCAGCAGGGAGAGAAGAGGUGGGGGAGGGAGAGGAGAGGCCUACUGGAACGCUUCGACCAGGAGAGACAAGAGUGGGACAGCAACAUGAGAAACAUGCACCACGAGAUGGAGAGGCUACAGAGAGAGCUUAACGUACGGAGGGGCAGUGAGGGCUCACCAUCCGACAUCAAAGAAGGGGAGAGAGCAGGAGGACACAGGGGUGUCUUUUCCCCCCAGGAGAGCCCAUGCAAGGCCCCUCGCUCCCCAAGGUCACCACGCUUUCCUCGCUCUGCCAUCCCAGGCCCUGUUUCCCUCCCCACCCGCUCCCACUCCGACUCGGAGGCCCAUGAAGAGCAGGAGGCUGUAGUGAGGUUCAGAGGCCCAACGGAUAACCUUUUCCUGGACGCUCUGACACUGGACCCCCUGGGUGGCCUGAAGGGCCCACCUCCCUGCAGACUGGACUCUGACAAGAGGUUCCCCUGUUUGAACCAGGCUCUGAAUGAGAUCCCAGACAGAGAGGGCCCCUCGAAGUACCAGGAGGAGGAGGAGAUGGGUUUUGGCAGCCUGCUCAGGGCUAAGUCGGUAUGUUCCAUGAGGGACUUCCAGCGUCUGAUGGACAGCUCUCCCUUCCUGCCUGACAGGGGUUGUCAUGGUGACCGUGGCCGUGACGAUGUGACUCCGCCUCUGUCACCCGAUGACCUGAAGUACAUUGAGGAGUUCAACAGUAAGGGUUGGGACUUCCCUGUCCCUGGCCCAUCCCCGACACCAGGCCACCACACCCCUACAGCCAUGGAGGCCUGGGCAGAACGGCCCGCUUCAGAACCAUUCCAGCCGGCCUCGUGGUUCCUAACCACCAGCGCCACUUUGACCACCAAUACCCAAUCCAGCCACGAGCCCCCCUGCCCACCACACUGCCAGCGCUCCCCACUCAGGGGAAACGGGGGUAACAUAGGAGGGGGAGCAGGGGUACACGUCUCCCACAGCCCCACCCGAUCCCCCGGGCCCUCCGAUCAAGACUACCUGUACCCCAAAGGAACUAAGGGGCAAGGGGGUGGGGGUGUUGGUGAAGUAGAGGGUGCCUCCGGGAUUGGGGGGGUAGGAGGUCCAGACGAGGUGUUUGGUGAUGGUAGGUGGCCUCCUUCCUGUCAUAAGGAGUUAUUAGAGGGUGGGGGGGGGGUUGGGGGUCCCAUCCCCACAGUGGGGUACGCCUCGUCUCUGGAGCUGCAGCUGUCACGGAACCUCAGUGAUGACAUGAAGGAGGUGGCCUUCUCCGUUAGAAACUACCGCUCUGGCACCUCGGACCACCUGGAGCAACAGAGACAGCUCCGAGAUAUGGCGUGUCAGACAAAUGGUUUCACCACUCGGGGAACCCAGACCACUCAGACCAUCAGCGUGGGGUUACAGACAGACAUCCUCCGCACCCUCACCAGCUCCCCCCACCGCUGCCUCACCCCUAAAGGAGGCUCCACCCCCAUCUCCUCCCCCUCCAGAAACAUCCGUAAGAUACAGUACUCUCCUGUAGUCCAGUCCAAGUUCGAGCGUCCAUGUUGUUCUCCUAAGUACGGCUCCCCUAAGCUCCAGAGGAAGCUGUCAACAUCAUCGAAGGCUGACCUCCAAGGUGGGGCCUCAAGCUCCACGGCCGGCCCCAGGGCCCCUACCCCUACCACCCCCCAGAAGGGUGCCUCUGAGUCGGCCUGGGCUCGCUCCACCACCACCAGGGACUCUCCGGUCCACACCACCAUCAACGACGGCCUGUCUUGUCUCUUCAACAUCAUAGACCACAGCCCCGUGGCCUACGAACCCCCGCAGUGCAAAUUCACCAAGUCCCCCAGCCGCUCCCGCCCCACCCCCCUUGACCCCUCACCUCCUGGUGAACCCGGUCUACCCCCCUCAGACCUCAAAGAUCCAAGAUACCUUGGAGCUGUCCAGGAGUUUCUGAGGAAUGUCCGCGGGCGUUCUCCCAGCCCGGUGCAGCUGAUAGUAGAGACCCAGGGAGGGCCGGGGGGGACAGGGGGGGAGAGGACACCGGAGGUGCUCAGUAUACGCCAGGACCUGUCUGCUCCGCCUGGAUACACCCUGGCAGAGAACGCAGCCCGUCUGCUGAACAAGAAGCUGUUGGAACAGAGCUUCAGGGAGGAGAAGAGACUGGGGUCUGGAGGGACUGGUGGGUCCUCAGCCCAGGGACAGGGAGGCUACACGAGAGAGGGGCGACAGGCGGAGGGAGAAAGGAACCAGUCGGGGUGUUUGGAGGACCUCCCUCGUUCCCCGGUGGCUCCACCCCUGGAGUCGUGUUUCCUGCGUCCGGCGAGGCCAGCCAACCGCCGCCCCCCCUCCCGCUGGGCAGUCCGUUCUCCCUCCUCCUCCCCCCGAGGCUGGCACGAUGUCACAGGGCGGAGGUUCACCUUCCCCAUGUUGACUGGGACCAGUAAGAUUGAAGCCACCUGUAUGCUGGAGCUGGACGAGACUGGACCAGGAACAGGAACAAGACUGGAACCAUCGUCUUCUGCAUGAUAGAAUCGUUGCCCAUUACCCUGUCCUCCUUAACUCCCUUAACUUGCUCAACUCUCUUCCUCCUCUCCUCCUCUUCCCCUCCCUACUCCUCUCCACCCUCACCUCCUCCUCCCUGAGCCUGUCCAGACUGGGUACCUCAGACCCCCCCCCCUUCUUUCGUAGGAAGGAGUUGUAAAUCGGGGGCUGAGACCCUGUAGCACCAGCUGACCAACCAGGAAGAAAAAGAACUGGAACUUAGAACUCUGGAAUGAAAAUGACCUGGAAUGUACUGUAACCAUGACAUCAAAAACAUUGUCAUCAGAGGUGCCUGUACUUGAUUUACUCGUAGUUCCAGCUGAUAUAUGUGUAUAUGUAUGUUAGUCUUAUAAUGGAAACUUUUUGAGGUGUUGAAAGAAAACAUUAAAACCGUUAUUAUAAUACUGGUACCAACAUGGUUUUACAAAAGUUCUGUCUGUUUACCUUUAGUUUAUUUUGCAUUACAUAUCAUUUGUUAUAUUCUGUGUUUGUGUAAAUUCUCGGGUAAAACUUUUUUCUUAUUAAGUUGACCAUACUUUAUGUUACUGUUUGUUCCUUUCAAAGCUUGAAGUCAGACUACUCAGUUGUACUGGUAGAAGAAACAAACUAAACAAACACUACUGUUUCAUGAUGUCAUUUACGAUGCUAAAUGUAUGUAUGUUUUUAUUUCUAUAAGUUGAAGUGAAUGUUCAACUCGGUAAACGUGUAGGAGGAAACAGGGAAAAUAGCAACUGAAUAACUUUUCUGCAUAUGUGGGGAGGCAGUUGUUGAAUGGCCCCCUACACCCACGUUCAAAAAACAUGGUUUAAUUAUUACAUAUUUUCUUUAAAGAGCAAGGUUGGGUUGUUGAUGUUGGGUUAUUUGGUGCUGGGUUAUUGAGCUUUGACCCUGCGGGUCAGAUCCGAAGACUGGGGGCGUAGGUUACUACGGCGUGGCAUUCGGAUAGUUAUUUUUAGCCACCCGUGUGAGUAAAUGUUGUUACUGUUCAUCUGUUCUGUUGUAUAGUUAUCACAUGUAAAAGUUGAACAUGGAUUUCAAUGAGGUUUACAGAAAUGUACAAGUUCCCUAAAAGCCUAUGCAAAUCCAAUUGCUAGAAUAGAUAUCACCUUAUUAUACUAUGUAAUGAAUAAUCUUCAUAUUCUAGAAGAAUGUGUAAAAUACAACAAAAGGAACCAUUUAAUUUGCAGUGUGUAAACUUAGAGACAUGUUCCGGGCUGGAUGUGUCAAUGUGUAGUUCAUACAUGCAUAUUCUUGGAGCAGACUUACUGUCUUACCUCAAUUAGCCACAAAAUCCCUAGUUUGAAAGUGACUGUUUUUUGGGGGGAAGCUCUGCUGUGCCAUUUUCCCAAAAUGUUCCCCCCCACGUCGGCCAGACCCCUAGCAAUUUGAGUUCUAGCUAUUGAUCUUCAGAGCCUAGCUAGCAAGAUGCACACACAGCAAAGGGAGGGAGAGGGCAGUGUCAUGGUGCACAUAUGUGAAGUAAUAAUAUGUGAAGUAAUAAUAAUACUCACUAACAAUACUUCUCUCUCUCCUCUCUCAGGGAGAGAUUUUUCAGGGACCACUUUUGGCUCUUGAACGCUACUAUUCAGAACUACUGGAUAAAAUGCAAAAUGACCCGGAGAAUCUCUUUAACACGAUACACCGGACUGACAUUUACUAUCACGGGUGGCCAAUAAGAUCUAACUGAAAGCCAAGCCCCUAAUAAGCCACGCUUCCUGAAAAUAACCCGAAGGAUAACAUUCAAAAAGACCCAGCAGCUAGAUCAUCCCAGUAUACCCAAUUGAUGAUUAAAUUAACCCAUGUUUUGGGUAAUCCCAAAACCCCAAGAUGUUGUGUUUAUUCAUGCAACCCACAUGGCUGCGUCAAAAUAACCCAGCGUGUAUUCUGUCCAAUAUUGUACCCAGCACUGGGUUACCAAAGAACCCAAAUUUAGUUAUUCAAACACAGCAUUUAAAAAUACAUUUUUUAGAGUCGGCCAUGGUCUAAAGUAGUGCACUACGUAGAGAAUAGGGGACAAUUUGGAAUGCAAGCAUAUCUGCAUGCCUUUGGAAAACACACUUUAGUGCAUAUGUACAUACAAGCUGCUGCGGUCAUUGUGCUAGAUCACCCAGCUUAGAUAUAAAAACUAAACUAAGGCUAGGAUUUACGAGGGAGCCCCAGGGAGUCACCGUUGAGACCAGUGUCUCUUUUACGAGGGAGCCCCAGGGAGUCACCGUUGAGACCAGUGUCUCUUUUACGAGGGAGCCCCAGGGAGUCACCGUUGAGACCAGUGUCUCUUUUACGAGGGAGCCCCAGGGAGUCACCGUUGAGACCAGUGUCUCUUUUACGAGGGAGCCCCAGGGAGUCACCGUUGAGACCAGUGUCUCUUUU